GAAGUUGCACUUUAUAAAGCUGUUCUAAACAAGCAUCGUUCAGAACUUCUCGUACAGGGCCAUUGCAAGGGAAAGCUCGCAUUCGUACAGGGCAACCAGGUGGCAGGACUACUGCUCUCUGCAACGGCACACUAGAAACAACGGACCGACCAGAAAAUUUAUUAGCCAACAUGGCGCCGGCGAAACUCCUUUUGCUAUUCGCUUUCUUUUCCUCAUCGUGUGCUGCGAUGUUCUACAGAACUGAUGAGCCAUGUGACUUCACGGACAUCCACCUAGAUGACGAAAUGUUUUCCACGCUGCUGGCCAAGCUCCCGGAAGGUCUCGAGUACGGCCCGCAGAGGUUCCACUCUCUCCUCCCAGGAAUUGAUGUGGGUGGAAUGACGGUGCAUGGCCUGAGCAAGCUCCGCCAGUUCGGGCCACCAAUUCCUUACUGCACAAAAGGAAAGCGCAUGGUGCAAGUGGACUUCUACACUCCUGAACCUAUAGAUUUCACCUCGCCAUGGAAGGCUUGCUCAGGCGAUCAAGGAAAGCUGAUUCUUCGCGCCGAGAACACGCGGUUCACAGCCCAAUUUGCCAUUUCCGAGUCCUCUGGCGAAGGCAUGAUGCUGGAGUUCGAGCGUGCACUUCCUGUUACAACGCAGACCGUCCGAUUUGUUGUCGAAGGUCUUGGACAUGGCGUGUCCGUCUUUUUUGAGGCUCUGAGUGCGCUUAUACCAAUUGUUCUUGAAGGAGGUUGGAACGCCUACUUUUCGCAUAAUCUUGACAGGGCCUUCCGUAUGGCCCUUGAGUGACGUAGUGGAAGGAGAUAUAUUGGUGUCACCUCACCGAAACUAAACCUGAAAACACAACGAACGCCGUCUUCUGUUAAUAUCGGUUUUAUUUAUUUCAAGGAAGGUAAUAAAAUUGCUUACUUUGUUGAA